AUGUCGUGGAUAAGGGAAGGUGAAUUGAACCUCAUUGAGAAGCUCUCAGCCAACAUACUGAAGGUAUGACUAUCUAUGUGCAAAUGCAUCCCUUCUGAGGAUAUUUGAAUUAAUUAAUCACAACCACAUUUUUAUGAUAUGUAAUAUGGUUCUAUCUCUAUGGAAUCCAUCCACCCCUCCUUGGUCUCUCCAAGGCUGGCCCGAUGCCCAAACAUGUGGCCUUUAUCAUGGAUGGCAACCGGCGCUACGCCCGCAAGCGUCAGGUGGAGCGCCAGGAGGGACACACACAGGGUUUUGACAAACUGGCAGAGGUGAGGUUCCCAGGUCAUGAUGUAGUUAUUGUUCUUUCUAUCAUAGUUGUUCUCAUUCACACUGACCCUUUUGCAUGAGCAUUCACAUUGUCUUAGAAAAGUAGGCAACUGCACUUCAACCAUAUCCUUCACCAUUACCAUCAUAAAAUGUAUUUGUAUAGGGCUGUCACCAAAUACAUUAGAAAUACAUACUACUUUAAUGUUGGCUUUACUGAUGAUCAACCUUGGUGGCUCCUUCCUUUAGACACUACGCUGGUGCCUGAACCUGAACAUCCAUGAGGUCACAGUGUACGCCUUCAGCAUCGAGAACUUCAAGCGGUCUAAAGACGAGGUGGACGGCCUGAUGGAGCUGGCCAAGCAGAAGUUUAUCAGACUGCUAGAUGAACAGUGA